UCACAAUUCGGGUUAAAAAUCGAGACCCCGUGCCGGUGUACGCGGCGAUGGAGGCAAGUGUGUGCCGUACGGAGCGGGACAUAGACUCCGACCUUGGGGAUGAUUCACCUUUGGUAAGUUCACAAACAGCAGACGAACAGUCCGAUCGCGAGACGGAUCCAGGGCGGGACGGUGAGUCGAGUGACGAGGGCGUUAAUGUGAAUCGCCCGUCUCCGGACGCAAAAAUGACAUCCGGCAUGGAAUUUGGCAGAAGUCCAGACCAUCACUCGGAGCUAAGCCAAGCGACGGCAGCAGCGGCCGCAGCUGCAGCAGCAGCCGCCCAGUUCGGUGCCAACCAUCCGCUCGGCGUGCUCGGCAAUCUGACGGCGCUCAACAUGAACAUGCCGGGACUGUCCGGGUUGGCGUCUGGUCUGACUUCGGGCCACCAUGGCGAUGUGCUCGAAAAGCUCAAGAUGCAGGUGCGGGAUAUGAAGGUGGGCGCACUGAUGAGCGAACAAAUGGUGGCCGAUUUUGCGGCACUUCAUGCGGCUUCGUCGCCGUUCGGAGCGGCGUUGGCUGCCAGUGCUGCCAAUGGUGGAGCUGCCAAUGGAAUGGGAAUGUUUGGCACCGGAAGAGAGGAAACGCGUGGUGGAAAUGGUGGAUCCGGUGGUAUGACCACAGGCAGUGGUGGUGGAGGAGCUGGUGCGGGAGGUGGAGGCUCACAAUCGCAGACCGGAUCACAGAAUGGUGGCAACUUUUCCUUCACCCUACCGAAUGCACCGAUCAGCAAGGAUGGCAACCCCGGUUCCAAUUCGUCAACCUCGAGCGAAACGUCGAACUCGUCGCAACAAAACAACGGCUGGAGCUUCGAGGAGCAAUUCAAACAAGUACGACAGGUAAGCAACAAGCACAAAGCGCUGAACCGAAACAGUGUAUGGCAAACACUGUACGAAAUCAACGAUGACCCGAAGCGGAAGGAAUUUCUGGACGAUCUGUUCCUGUUCAUGCAAAAGCGAGGCACUCCUAUUAACCGUCUGCCGAUUAUGGCCAAGUCGGUGCUGGAUCUGUACGAGCUGUACAACCUGGUGAUUGCACGCGGAGGUCUCGUCGAUGUUAUCAACAAGAAGCUGUGGCAGGAAAUCAUCAAAGGACUGCAUCUUCCUUCCAGCAUUACCAGCGCUGCAUUUACACUACGAACACAGUACAUGAAGUAUCUCUAUCCGUACGAGUGCGAGAAGAAGAACCUGAGCACACCGGCCGAGCUGCAGGCCGCCAUCGAUGGAAACCGGCGCGAGGGUCGUCGCUCUAGCUAUGGCCAGUUUGAUUCGCCAUCCGUACAACGCUCACCGAUUCCGCAGGGCAUUUCACAGAUGCCGCCACUAUCGCUGGUUUCACACGUCAACCAGCAGCAGCACCAUCAUCGGCUGCUGCCACCGGUCGCCCAAAUACCGAACAUGUUGCCGGCCGAGUUUGAGCAGCGCAUGCUUAACUACAUCAAGAUGUUCCAGCCGAAGGAGAUGGGCCGGGCGCAAAGUCCGGACAAAUUGUCCGCGCUGAAUGCGAUCGAUAUUUCACGUGUUGCGCUCUGGAACAUAUACAACCCGAGCCCGAACAGUCCACCGAACUCGCUCAACACUAGCCCAGAAAAUAACAUGCAAAGCGCUCUCGAUCUUUCCGAAUCGCCCGAUCAUGGCAUGUCGGCGAUCAAACGCGAUCGUGAUCAUCCGGUCGAUUUUAGCGAUCCACGAGACUACGGCAACGGAUUAGGACCACCGGCCAAACGUAGCCACCAUCAUCACCAUUCACAUCACAACCGUUCACUAACGCCGCAGAAGCUAAACAGUUCCUCGCACGAUGAAGAUGACGCCCGGUCCGAUAGUACACCGAUCAACCUGCGCGAGAACGGUGGUCACGGGCGCCGUCCCACGCUGGACGACGAUGGAGACGACGAGGACGACGAGAUGGAGGAUGAACCUACGGAAGAGGACAUGUUGCGUGCGCAAUUCGCUGCGGCUGCUGCAGCUGCAGCCGUUAAUCAGCACCCGCUUGCACUAAGCCUUGCCGAUCAUCAUCUACAGCAACAACAGCAGCAGCAGCAGCAACAGCAGCAACAACAGCAGCAACAACAUCUGCAGCAACGUGAACGAGAGCGUGUUCAGCAGCAGGUUGCCGCGCAGCAGCGCGAACAGCAACACAGUCUCGCAACGCUCGAUCUAAGCAUAUUGGAUCGCGAGCGGCUACGUUGCGAUAGUGCUGAUAAGCUGAAGCGUCCGAGUCAGCAACAACAACAGCAGCAGCAGCAACAGAAUCAACAGCAGCAACAGUUGUUGGAUCACCAAAGGCAAUACGCGCACCAGCAGCAACAAUCGCGUGUGGCGCGAGAACUCCGCAAGCAUGAGAACGGUGAUCGGCUCAGCUUGACCCCGGACAGUGAGCUGCACCAUUCGAAAAAUCAUCUGUCCACGAGCGGCAGUGGCGCGGGAACGGGACUGACGGAUCCGUUUAGCUCUCCGCUAGGGAUUUCCGGCAUGCAGUUUAAGUUGAUCAGUCGAGGCGACGCAAGCAAAGGCGAUCAAAAGCUCGUAGUAACGAUGGAAUUUAACGGUGUCCAGUACGAAGGCGUCUUGUUCGCCAACCCGCUCACCUCCAACACCCUUUCCGCACCGACCUCGACACCGCCCUCCUCCUCCGUAUCGGCUACAUCCGCCUCCCCGAUCGGUUCCAUGGUAUCGCCGGUGAAGUCCAGUGCGGCACUCAUCUCACCGCUGGAUGAUCGUGAUUCGAUCAACUCGAAUGUGGAUCUCCCACCGGUAGCACUAUCCUCGUCGAACGGUACCACCGCAAACAGUCUGCCUAGUAGUAGUGCUGCCGCUGCCGCAACGACGCCCGUUCCCAACCCAACCUGCAUCCAGCAGCAGCAGCAGCAGCAGCAACAGGACAGUGUGAUUCCACCGAGCGCUCCUUCGAUGGGUGCCACCAGCCCGGCAAGAUCGAUGGUGUCAUAG